AUGGAGAUGCCACAGGAUGCUAAAAUAGGCAAACCGCCUGCCGUUGUUAUCAUAGCUAGGCACGGCGCGCGACUCGACGCUGUCGACAAGGAAUGGCAUCUGACUUCUCCGACACCGUACGACCCUCCUUUGACAUACGGCGGCUGGAUACAAGGACGUGCGCUGGGUGCACGGAUAGCUAGUCUGUUGAAAGCGAGAGAAGAUGCGGUGCAAGACGAGACGAUACCGGCAACGAAUAGCUCGACAUCAUUGGCGAGCAGUUCCACGGCUGAGAGCACAGCGUCAUCCGAGGGAAUUCACGUAAAAGUACACAAGAAAGUACGAAAACACAAAGUCAUUAUACACUCCUCCCCGUUUCUCCGAUGUAUACAGACUUCCAUUGCGAUCAGUGCUGGUAUGAGCCAGUUUUAUCGAGCCGAGAAUGAGAAUUCCUUUGAUCAGACCCCGGUUACUACUCCGGCGUCUGAAGAAAUAUCACCUAUGGGGACACCGAUACGAUCAUCGACACCAUCAUCGUCAGACCAGUUGGUUAGACAUAAUGGGAAGGAUCGAGUCCACCAUGGUAAACGCACCAAGGUCGCUCCGCGUACGCUCCUUCGCAUUGAUGCGUUUCUGGGAGAAUGGCUUUCACCAGACUAUUUUGAUCAAAUUACGCCUCCUCCGGGAUCAGUUAUGAUGGUAGCGAGUGCCAAAGCGGAGCUCUUGAAACGCGGGGAAUUCAUUCACCGUGCGAAUAAUGUCGGCAGCAGCUCUUUCUCUGGACACUUCCCCGGUGGAUGGAGGAGUAACCAGACAACCCCAUCAACAGAGACGCCCAAUGAGACUCCAAGUUUUGGCAUGUCUUCACUUGCAGAUGCUUUGCCUAGUGAAGGUCAGUCAAGGAGCGAGGAUGGCAAUCGGCUUAGCCGUCCACUUAAACCAAUCACAAUUAGAGAUGUGCUUUCACGAUCCCCAUCGCAUUCCCGCGAGGAUUGUUCCGCUGGAUACAUACCACCAGUCCCAUCCUAUGCUAUAUCGCCCUCAGAACCAAUACCGACGGGCUACGUUGCCCAUGCACGGGAUGCUUGUGUUGACGUGGAUUAUCAAUGGGAUAGCAUGAAGGAUCCGCAAAACUGGGGUGACGGCGGAGAGUACGACGAAGAGUGGAGUGCAAUGCAUAAACGAUUUCGGAACGGGUUGCUGAAAAUGAUAGACUGGUACAGUCAUGAGAGACCGGACAAAUCCCAUUACCAUCAUCACCAUCAUCACCAUCAUCAUCAUCAUCACCACCACCACCACCAUCAUCAUCAUGAUGAAGAUGACACUGAUACCGUACUGAUCAUUGUUACUCACGGAGCGGGCUGCAAUGCUCUGAUCGGAGCGUUGACAAACCAGCCGGUCCUAAUUGAUGUGGCCAUGGCGUCCUUGACUAUGGCAGUACGUAAAGACAUUUUCAAGACAAAAGCCUCGAACCACCGAUCAAUCGACACUAUAACUAACGGUCAGUCUGAUAACAACUCUUUACCAUCCACUAUCCCCCUUUAUCACAUCUACGACCUCUCUUUGGUGGCAUCGACGGAACAUCUUCGCGUAACAUCGAAUCCUUUAUCUAUUCCACAACUGCCGAGCCCCACCACCCUUGAAAGAUCGAGAUCGAUAUUCAGCUACCGACACCGCACUGGAUCGAACCCUCUCAGAGCCACGAUUAAUCACUUAGACAGCAAUAAGUCUGCCCGCCCACGUGGCCUCCAAAGAUCCGCAACAACAAGUGCCGGACAUCAUCACUAUCCAACUCGUAGCACAUCCGGUCUAUGGGGUGCAUCCAAAGAAAAGGAAAACAGUAUAGACGAGAUCCCAAAUUAUGAAUUCGAGCAACGGAACGCCCAAACAAAUAACUCAACCCCGCAAACAGUGACUAUUGCUAAGCCAUCAACACCCAAAACCCAGGAGCACCAGCAAAAUGACAAGGACCGUAUUCCAGAACAGCCAAAAUCACAACUUGGUCUAUGGGGCGGUGCUGCCAUUGCGCAGUCGCGUGAGCCAGCUUUGAAAAGACGAUGGACUGUGACUGAGCAACCUGGACAAUGA